AAUUUCAACAUCAAAAGUUUGUUCCACCAGAAGAAUUUGUUCUUUGCUGCAGCAAAAGAUCGAUCCGUCCUUGCUUACAAGCAGAAAAGUCUUAUCGAGAGAGAGAGAGAGAGAAAGAUGAGACAGAACUCAGCAAGUGGUCUUUCAUGGCGGCGUUUACUGUUCUUCGCUUCGAUUGGUUUGCAGUUUUUCUUAGGUCUAUCUGGUGAUUCCAAGAAUACAAAUGCUGGAGUCAAGGCAGAAUCUCAUACUUCUUCCAGCAAAACAGGCACAAAAGUAAUCCUCAUACUGGUUGGAUUUGUGGCUGUGGCGGUGUUCUCGUUCUUUCUAUACAAGCUAUGGCAAAAGAAGAAAAGAGACGAGCAGUAUGCUAGACUCUUGAAGCUGUUUGAGGAAGAUGAUGAACUGGAGGUUGAAUUAGGCCUUCGAGAUUAAAAAACGCAAAUUUGUCAACAAAGCCCUCAUGUAUGUUUGUGUUCGUUUGUCUGAUCAUGUAGGUGGAACUUAUGGCCAUUUCAAUUUGAAGUACAUAUAUAUACGCAUACUUUGAUGGGUUACUGAUGUAGCUGCCUUGUCACUAAUCAUCAUCAAUUCAUCAUUAUCCUCUCUAGACGAUUGUUUUCCAAUGUUGUACAAUUUAUUUUUCUUUCUUUCACGUUUUUAUUAACAAAUAGUGUGAGUUUAG